GAUACUCUGAAUUGAAGGCUAGAGGCAGCAGUGGACUGGAUGUGGGCUAGUUUGAAUUGAAUCCAGACAAGCCGGAGGUGCUGUUGUGUUGCAGUUGAAGCUCCAGCAGCGACGGACACGCGAGGAGCUGGUUAGCCAAGGGAUCAUGCCUCCUCUGAAAAGUCCAGCUGCAUUUCAUGAACAGAGGAGGAGCUUGGAACGGGCCCGGACAGAGGACUAUCUUAAACGGAAGAUCCGGUCCCGACCAGAGAGAUCAGAGUUGGUGAGGAUGCACAUUCUCGAAGAGACCUCGGCUGAGCCUUCCUUACAAGCCAAGCAGCUGAAACUGAAACGGGCCAGACUGGCUGAUGAUCUCAAUGAGAAGAUUGCCCAGCGGCCAGGUCCCAUGGAACUGGUAGAGAAGAACAUUCUGCCUGUGGAAUCUAGCCUGAAGGAAGCGAUCAUUGUUAGGCAAGUGAACUAUGCAAACACAGCAGAUAAUUCUUCCUUUGAUGAGGACAGCAGUGAUGCCCUGUCCCCAGAACAGCCGGCCAGCCAUGAAUCCCAGGGAUCUGUGCCUUCCCCAAUGGAAGCUCGGGUUGGCGAGUCACUUCCCACCCCCACAGUGUCAUCCCCUGCUCAGGUUGUGUGUCAGUUAAAAAUCAGUGGAGACUCCUGUGAGACACCUUUCCUGUCUGAGCAGCCCCCAACUCCCCUGCCGCCACUGCCACCUCCGGUGCCUCCUAAUCUCACCAAUGGAGUUGUUACUCCUGCUGCCAAACCACUUCCAACCCUUAUUAAGCAAAGCCAGUCCAAGUCCUCUUGUGAGAAGUCCCAGCGCAGCAAAAAAUCCAAGGAGCCAAAGCCAAAAGUUAAGAAGUUGAAAUAUCACCAGUAUAUCCCCCCGGACCAAAAGCAGGACAAAGGCGCUCCUCCCAUGGAUUCAUCCUAUGCCAAAAUCCUGCAGGAACAGCAGCUCUUCUUGCAGCUCCAGAUUCUUAAUCAGCAGCAGCAACAGCACUACAACUAUCAGACCAUCCUACCAGCUCCACCAAAGCCUCCAGGAGAGCAGCAGAGUGGCAGUAGCGUCCCACCCAUGCGUAGCCUUUCUACUCCUGUCGGAAGCACCUCUUCUGUCUCUUCCAGUUCUAAUGGGUUGCUGCGACAAAACAGUAAUGCCCCUGUGGGCAAGCCAGGAGCUCUCCCUACUAAUCUGGAUGAUAUGAAGGUGGCAGAGCUGAAGCAAGAGUUGAAGUUGAGAGCACUGCCUGUGUCAGGUACCAAGACAGAUCUAAUUGAACGGCUGAAGGCUUAUCAAGAGCAGAAUGGUGCAGCUGGCCGAUCAACCACCACCCCAAAGCCCAACACCGCAAUUCUCCCAAAGGCAGCUGAAGUGGUGGUAGCUUUCCCAGCUACUAGGCUGAGUACAGGACCUGCACUGGUCAGUGCCAGCAUUGCUUCAACAGAAGUAGUUGUAGCUACAGUCACUGGCAAUGGCAUGAUGAAGUUUGGUAGCACAGGAUCCACACCGCCUGUUUCACCUACCCCUUCUGAACGCUCACUGAUGAGUGCUGGGGAUGAGAACUCGACCAGUGGAGAUGCCUUUGGGGAGAUGGUGACCUCUCCUCUGACUCAGCUCACCCUACAAGCAUCACCAGUGCAGUUCUUGGUGAAGGAAGAAAGCUCCAAAGCCCCCACUUGUAGCUCAAAUUCAGUGUCACGGUCAGAGUCCUGCAGUAGCAGCAGACAAGACAUGGAGGUCCAGGAUAAAGACCAAAUGUUGCAGGAGAAAGAUAAGCAGAUUGAGGAACUCACGCGCAUGCUGAAACAGAAGCAGCAGCUGGUGGAGAUGCUGAAGCUGCAGCUGGAGAGAGAAAAGCGGUCUCAACAGCCACUGCCAACCAUGGCUGCUGGAGAAGAGGGCACAGCUCCAGUUCCCGAGUCACCACAUUUUGGCAUCCAUGUUAAGAGUGAAAAGGGCUUCUUGAGUUGCCAAUCUAUAGGGCAGCCCAGCUGCCAAACUGACCAAUUAAAACCCCCACAGACCACUAGCCAAAUGGACACCUCAGAUACAAGCUCUGUGCCAAAGAAAGCCGUGAUGGUGAAGCAAGAGGUGCCAGCAUCCGAGACUGAGCCAUCAUGCCAGACCUCACGCUUCUUCCUUGGUCAGCAAGGUGGAGGCUUCAAGGGAGCCCCUCCACCGACCUUCAUCACAGAUUCCACUGGCACUCACCUAGUCCUGACAGUGACCAAUCAGAAUGCUGAGAGGCAGGGCCUCUCGCUUCCAGAGCAAGUGGGGAGUGGCAGUUCCUUGCCAUUGAAGAGAGUAUCAUCACCACCUACAAAAGCAUCCACCCCACAGUCUGUAAGCGGCUCCCAGUCAUCUCUGCAGCAGCCAGCAAGUGAGCCCAACAAGAAGGGUCAGAAGCCAGGUCUACAGAUGGUCACUGGGCAGCUGCCUCAGACAGUCCUGUCUUUCUCUGCACCUCCCAACUUGCAGCCCUUCUUCCUGAAUGGCUUCCACAAAGGAUCCCUGAAACCCAGCGUUGCUAGCAAAACUGGCCCACCUAGUGUGCCGAAAAAGCUUCCCUCACAGCCAGCCUCUCCAGCUCCUCCAUCUCCAUCCCAAAUGGACCUUGAACAGCAGAAUCCACCCUCCUUUGGUCCUCCACCUCCAUUGCCUCUCCCUGUCUCCUUGGUGUUAAUGAAAGAGCCCCCUGGUUAUGAGGAGGCAGUGAAGCAGCAACCAAAGCCCCCUGAGGAGAAUGGCUGCUCGAGUCAGCAGAUGGAUGACUUGUUUGACAUUUUAAUUGAACAUGGAGAGAUUUCAGCUCAGUUCAAGGAGCAGUCUUCCCCAGCAAGGAAAGACAUCACUUCUCCCGGAUGCUCUUCUCCAUCCAACAGCCACCAUUCCUCAGAGCUCCCCUUGCAGGUGUCCCUGGCUCAUACAAGUUCUAUUAAUCCCAUCUCAGCAGGCAGGCUAGAAGAUUUCUUGGAGAGCAGCACUGGCCUCCCCUUGCUGACAGCUGGCCCUGAUGGACCUGAGCCUCUGUCCCUAAUUGACCUCUACAGUGAGAUGCUGAGUAGUUCAGCUAUCCUGGACCACCCAUCUUCACCUAUGGACACCUCAGAAUUGCACUUUGCCCCUGAGCCUACUGGGGGACCAAGUUUGGACCUGGCAGAUGCUAAUUUGGACAGCAUGGAUUGGCUGGAGCUGUCUGGAGGGCCAGUGAUGAGCCUCACCCCGCUCAGUACUGCAACACCUAGCCUCUUCUCUACAGACUUCCUCGAUGGACAUGAUCUGCAGCUGCAUUGGGAUUCUUGCUUAUAGCUCUCUGAGCAUGCAGACUAAAGGGAAUGGUAAAGGGAAUGGUACAGGUGGGGGCAGGACAUGGGUGGAAGCUUAAAUGAAAGAGGCCAUUAACCUUAAGAGCCUCAGAUAUUGACCUGUUUUCAUGAAGCUGGGGCCAAGGGUAAGCAUCAGUGAUGUCUUUUGAAUGACGAUUCAACCUUGGGCAAGCAACCCUUUCCUCAUGGCCAUGGGUGAGGUGAAAUCUGGCCCUUUCCCAAUAGCUUCAGUGGCAAUACCAGACUUAUGAGUUGUUGGGAGUGUAGCCUCUCCUAUGUGAGAUAGCAAUCAGGGUGGGGUACUUAGUUCAAGUCUAAGAAUACAAAGCAGUUGGGCAGAAAACCUUGCACAACCUAGACCUCUUGCUGGCCUUGAGCCUGCCUAGUUAGGAAGCUUUAAAAAAAGUGGCAGAAGUCUACUUGGCCGUAUUGUAAGGAAAGGCUUCCUCUAGACUUAGGAUGUGGGCUCUGCUUUGGGGGAGUAUGAGGAAAAAAAUAUAGGACUAAGGCUCCUAUGACCCUUCAUGAAUAUGGAUGGGCAUGCUGGUCCAAGAACCUUUCCCUAAUCAUGCCGUAAUAUAUAGGUACUUUCUACCAAACAAGAAAGCCAAGCCCAAGUUCUGUGCCAGAGGUUAGGCAACAGCCACCUUCUCUUGGCUUGCUGCACUGAUUCCUGUAUGCAGGCUUUGUUCCUGGCUUGGGGCCCAACUAAAAAUAAAACAGUUGGUCAUAGGGCCUGGCUGUUCUCCCAGAGCUGGAAAUCCUGUUCCAGGCAUGAGACGGCUCAUGGGCCUUGCUCUUUGGACCAUGACUUGGCUCAAGCCAGCCGCAUCAGGGAUGUUGUUUGCAGCCUGCUGUAGUUGCUCUACUGCAGUCUCUUUUCAUAGUUGCCUGGCCACCUAGGAAUUGCUGAUUCAGGAAGUGAGGUUCUAGAAAGUUUUGGUCUUUCUGGAACUGAACUUGUGGCAGCAUAAAUACCUGGAACAGUUGAGCUUCACUUUACUGUUUCUAGUACCUAUGCUAUUAAUUCAUUUUAAGUUCAACUAUCCCUUCCAUAGUUUUCCUGGCUAUCGAGUGUAGCUUCCUAAAUUCUUGAAGUUGGUGUCAUGGUGUCUGACCUCUACUUUGGGUCAUUGCACAGAAGGGCUCAUAGCACCACUUUGCUUUUGAGAAAGCUCUGUUGAUGAUAGUUACUCUGAAGAAAGUUUUAAUUAAAACUGAAAUAGAGCCUCAAGGAGCAUGAGUAUCAACUUCAUCUUGGAGGCAGAGCCUUUAGGUGCUUCUUGCUAAGGAGCAGAUAUCUGACUUCUGUCACUGCACAAAGGAGAGGAAUUUUCUGUACCUACACAUGUCCCUUCUGCUGUGAAGAGUGGUUCCAAACCAGUCUUGCCUCUUGAUUCUUGGUUUCGUUUAUAGCUGGUAAAAUAUCUGUAUAUAGCUUGUAACAUUAUUUCAGAAAGCAAAUGAAGUUAACUCACCUGGUUAGGAGGUGGUACUUUCCUAAAGCUCUUCCUCCUGUAUGAAACUGUUGGAGAUCUUUAGCCUGUGGUUUGGUGAGGAAGAGGACUUGGUCCUUGGACUGCCAGUUUUAGCCUUAUUGCACAUGCCACUCAAAGGAAAUCAUGUUCCUCUUAGUUGCAGUCCCCUCCCAUAGAAAAUAUGUAGUUGAUGCACCUGCCUGCCUUCCCAGAGUAGGGGAGGAAGUUUGUGUUCCUCAAUCUCCCUCCCUAGUUUCAUGGGAUUCCAAGAGCCACUUCUGUUUCUCUCUCACUCACAUAGACACAUAUCCUGUACCCCACUAGGAUGAGUGGAUGGAGCUUGAAGAUGAAGUUGCAAGUUUCAUAACUGGUCAUUGUCCUGGAAUGGGCAAGUGCAUGUGAAGCAUAUUUCAUCCAGUAAAAAACUGUUUUUCUAUGCUGAAGACAGUGUAUCUUUGUAUUUCCUCCAAGACCUACUACUAAUCAUAUCACUCUGCCUGCGGGAAGCUAGGGCUAGACUUAUGUGAUUGGUCAUAGUGAAAAAGAAUUCCGACUCAGCCCACUUCAGUUUUAGGAGGGAAACAUUUGGUUCUGCAUGGGGCUCUUAAUUCUUCUCCCAAAUGAAGAGCUGCUAAUGUAUUUAGAUUUCUUAAAUAUUCACUUGGCCAAAAUGAAUAUUUAAGCUUUAUCAGCAGCAAGAGUUCAUGCAUAAAGGUGCUAUUAUGGCAGCUGUCUGGCUUUGAGAGGGUAAGAUUCUAAUUAAAUGAAUUACAGGAAUCAGACAGCUGCUUUUCAGAACACCACUGUCAAACAUAGCAACACAAGGUGCCAGGCUUGGUAUAGCUCAUCACUCAUUAUCUUUUAUGAAAUAGGAAAGCAACUGGUGUCAGUGUAUUGCCAGUUAUGUAAAACUGCUCUCCCAAGAGCUUGUUUCCUAAAUUAUUUUGUACCCACAGAGUAAAACAAAAGGGUAAGAAUCUGCCUCUAAUUUGAAUGUACUUGUUCUUCCAAUAACCACUAGUUGUAUAGCUUAUAUUUGAUUAGCACGAACACUUUCUUCCACUAUGCAUCAAUGAAAAGGGUUAUCAGCACAAGCAGGAAACAUAGGCAGUGCUGUAAUAUUGGGCCUAGAGUGAACAUGCAACUGGAAAAAGGCAUGGAAUGAGCAAUUACUGGGGGAGGGAAUGGAUAAAUCAAAUUAUUUUUUCAGUUAGAUAUUUGAAAAAUCCAUUUUAUUAAAAAAAUUUGUGUUCUAGAA